GUGAGCAAGGCUAUUGCUGGAUGCUCUUCAAUGCUAAGAAACCUUGUGUUCUUCCUCUAGAUACUUUCUUAGUAAAGGACUCUGCUGCUCUGGAGAAAUUGAAGGACUUCUGUAAAGAAGAGAAAGAAAAAACAUAUCCUUUUGAGCUUUUGCAGCUUUAUAUGCAGGCUGUCCUAGAUAUUACAUAUUUUGAGGAAAACCAGCUUGUAGAUGAAGAUUUUCCAGAAGACUAUUCCUUACAAAAACUUAAAGAACUUAUUUGUAUUCUUUCAGAACCAGAAGACCUAAUGAAAGAAUGCAACAUAAAUGAAUGUCAGUGCUCUAAGGGUGGAAAUUUGCUCUUUGGUAUAUUUAGUGACACCCACUUACUGGCGAUGAUGUACAGCGGAGAAAUGUGCUACUGGGGACUGAAGCACUGCACAGAGGGCAGGCCGGGAAGCCUCGAGACAGCAGACAUGGCGCAUGGCAGACAGCAGAGCGCAGCGCCGGACUUCCGAGGAGUGGGCACCAAGGCGCUGGAGACCUACGUGGCAGCCUGCGAAGGGCCCCUGAAAGGACAAGGCUGGAAGAGCGCCAGCGCGCGGCAGAUCUCCUGGUGCCGCGGCCAGCGCCGCGCACUGCGACUAUAUGGCGGUGUGAGUAGCGCCCGCUGCGCUCGGGCUGGGUGUGGGGGAGCAAGCGAAACCGGGUAG